GGUUUCCGGGGGCUGCUGGUGUGACGUGUCCCGCGCUUGGCGCAGCAGGAAGCGGCGGCGGACGCGGCCCGAGUUCCCGGCGCCGUCCUCCCUCGUCCCCAAGUCUUCUCCCUCUCCCAUCAUGCUCGACUUCUUCACCAUCUUCUCGAAGGGCGGGCUUGUGCUCUGGUGUUUUCAGGGCGUGAGCGACUCGUGCACCGGGCCAGUGAAUGCGUUGAUUCGUUCCGUACUGCUGCAGGAACGGGGAGGUAACAACUCUUUCACUCAUGAGGCCCUCACACUCAAGUAUAAACUGGACAACCAGUUUGAGCUGGUGUUUGUGGUUGGCUUUCAGAAGAUCCUCACACUGACCUACGUAGACAAAUUGAUAGAUGAUGUGCACCGGCUGUUUCGGGAUAAAUACCGCACCGAGAUACAGCAGCAAAGUGCUUUAAGUCUAUUGAAUGGCACUUUCGAUUUCCAAAAUGACUUUCUGCGGCUCCUUCGUGAGGCGGAGGAGAGCAGUAAGAUCCGUGCUCCCACUACUAUGAAGAAAUUUGAAGAUUCUGAAAAAGCUAAGAAACCUGUGAAGUCCAUGAUUGAAACACGGGGGGAAAAGACCAAGGAAAAAGCAAAAAACAACAAAAAAAAGGGGGCCAAAAAGGAAGGUUCGGAUGGCCCUUUGGCUACCAGCAAAACAACCCCUGCAGAAAAGUCAGGUCUCCCAGUGGGACCUGAGAAUGGAGAACUUUCCAAAGAGGAGCUGAUACGCAGAAAGAGAGAGGAGUUCAUUCAGAAGCAUGGGAAGGGUCUGGACAAAUCCAGCAAAUCUACAAAGUCAGAUAUUCCAAAGGAGAAGGGCAAAAAAGCACCGCGGGUGUGGGAACUAGGUGGCUGUGCUAACAAGGAAGUCUUGGAUUACAGUACUCCCACCACCAAUGGAACCCCAGAGGCAGCUCUGUCUGAAGACAUCAACUUGAUUCGAGGAACGGGGCCUGGGGGGCAACUUCAAGAUCUGGAUUGCAGCAGCUCAGAUGAUGAAGGGGCCACUCAAAGCACCAAACCUAGUGCUACCAAGGGAGCUCUGGGUGGCAUGUUCGGGAUGCUGAAGGGCCUUGUGGGUUCCAAGAGCUUGAGUCGCGAAGACAUGGAAUCUGUGCUAGACAAGAUGCGUGACCAUCUCAUUGCUAAGAAUGUGGCUGCAGACAUUGCUGUCCAGCUCUGUGAAUCUGUUGCCAACAAGUUGGAAGGAAAAGUGAUGGGGACAUUUAGCACGGUAACUUCCACAGUCAAGCAAGCGCUACAGGAGUCUCUGGUGCAGAUCCUGCAGCCACAGCGUCGUGUAGACAUGCUCCGAGAUAUCAUGGAUGCCCAACGUCGCCAGCGCCCUUAUGUUGUCACCUUCUGUGGUGUUAAUGGAGUGGGGAAAUCUACUAAUCUUGCCAAGAUUUCCUUCUGGCUUUUGGAGAAUGGCUUCAGUGUCCUCAUUGCUGCCUGUGAUACAUUUCGGGCUGGGGCUGUUGAGCAGCUUCGUACACACACCCGGCGCUUGACUGCCCUCCAUCCCCCUGAGAAGCAUGGUGGCCGUACGAUGGUGCAGUUGUUUGAAAAAGGCUAUGGCAAGGAUGCUGCCGGCAUUGCCAUGGAAGCCAUUGCCUUUGCACGUAACCAAGGCUUUGAUGUUGUGCUGGUGGACACAGCUGGCCGCAUGCAAGACAAUGCCCCCUUGAUGACUGCCCUGGCCAAACUCAUUACUGUCAAUACACCUGACUUGGUGCUGUUUGUUGGGGAGGCCUUAGUAGGCAAUGAAGCCGUGGAUCAGCUGGUCAAGUUCAACAGAGCCUUGGCUGACCAUUCUAUGGCUCAAACACCUCGGCUCAUUGAUGGAAUUGUUCUUACCAAAUUUGACACCAUUGAUGACAAGGUGGGAGCUGCUAUUUCUAUGACAUACAUUACAAGCAAACCCAUCGUCUUUGUGGGAACUGGCCAGACCUACUGUGACCUACGCAGUCUCAACGCCAAGGCUGUGGUGGCUGCCCUCAUGAAGGCUUAAUGUGGCUUUUGCCUAAUACCAAAUCGCCGCUUGCCCCAAGCCCCUAUUCCUAUAUCAAGAAUGUGCUUUAGAGUAUGUGAGCAACUUGUCUUCAGUGUGGUACAAAGGCAGAGUGAGGGGAGCUUUGGAGACUUACAGCUCAUUCUAACCCUACUCCUUUGUUCAGCCCUACCUCCUCCUUUCUGCAAGGAGGGCCUAAUCAUGUUACAAUCACUGCCCGAUGACCCCCCC